AUGCGCAGCCUGCACUGCCUGUUCCACACUGACAACUAUUCUGCCUGUCUGCCCUUCAAUCGUGCCUUCGCCCUUCCAGCUGGAUCAUCCUCUGCGACCCAAACAGCCCAACAUCAGUCCCCGUGGCGAGCAAAAAAAAAUGUGACCGGUUUGUGCUCUCCUACGGCAGAGGAGGAGCUUUGGCUGAAGGAACAGUACAUCCUGCUCAGUGCCGACGGACCUCAUCGCAACGUGCUCAAAUUCAAGCCCCCCAUGUGCUUCAGCGCGGAGGACGCUGACAUGGUGGUGGAGAAAAUCGACCAAAUCCUCACCGAGCUGGAAGAAGCACUGGGCAUAAAGUUGCACAACACAUCCAACGUGGAGAAUGAAAGCAUUAAAAGAAAGCUGCCGACCGAUGAACACGGACACCAGUGUCACAGUGGGUUGGCUCACAACAGGGUGAGCACUCAAGGAGUUCCUCAACGCACCAAACGCCUCAGGACAUGAAGCUGCCUCACUCAGGGCUUUACCUUUUAUACAGUUAAAGCUGACAAAAAGGGGAUACAACUAAUUGCCUCAUAUAUAACCUAAUGACAAAUGUUUUUACAUGAAUACUAAUAAUAAUAAUAAGCUGUAUAUUUAUUCGUAUAGUAUCUUCUCAGGGUUUUUAUUUUAAUUCCGCCUAGGAAUCGAGUCAGAUUUUUCUUCAGCUAAAAUUAACUUGUCCGUGAUUUUCAUAUAAUUAUUAUGUCAGUAAACAAAGUUAUUAUGUCAAGACCUUAGCAUUUAAUUCAUUUUUUUUUUUUACAAAUGAUGAAAAUGACUCACUGUAUUUGACAGUGUGCAAUAUCUGUAUGGACACAUUUGGUGUUGCUCUAUCUUUGUUGAAUAAAGUCAUGUGUGUAUGUGAUACCUUGUUGUUCAUGG